UGGUGAUAAUAAUUCGCAUGUUUGACUUUCGGGAGCGGCUUUGUAGCUGUAAACUCGCUUUUCAGCUUCUUUUGUGUGUUUCUGUGCCGGGAAGCUGUAGACCCCGCAGUCAGAGUUUAGUAGGGAUGGACACGGCAGUCGCUGGUUUCUAUGGGGCUGUGACACUGCAGAAGGUUACACGGGAUAUGAGCAGUGUGGCUGAACCCUGCCUGCCUGCUGCUUGUCGUCAGAUGGUGCUCAGGUGGAUGAGGAAAAUCUCACUGGGAAAACAGUCAAAGGUGAAGCGGUGUGUCCGCCUCCAGUUGUGGAUGGUUUCCUGUUGCUAUCAGCCUUGAGUCAGAGCUCCCAGCGUUUAUUUCUGAAGGAGCGGCCCUGGUGACAGUUUCAUAUUGACAUUUGGGAGUGGGGAGGAGAAACCGGCUUAGCUACAGCAACCAGGUACUGUGUGAACCGUAGGAGCCCUCCCUUCUUUGGGACCCCAUCGACUCCUGCAGCCCUUCCAGGCAUUCCUUAAGCUGUUUGCAAUGGGCCGCAAAGCUGCAGUACCUCCUGCAUCAGCCUCCUCCAUCACCUCUCCCUCCAUUCUUUGAGCUGCAGAAUACUAUCGUUCUUUAUGCAAGUGGAACAAAUGAUAAUAAGUAAUAAACCGUGGUCACAGCUGCUCAAAGUGACACCCUUCAGCUGGUAGAUGGGACACACUGAAGGUCCAGGCUCUCUUUGUAAAUGUGAGCUGUUAUUGGGUUUCAGAAAAGAGUGGCUAGUGAUGUUCUGCAGGUGUCAUGAUGGAAUUGUCACAAUUGGGUGUCAUACGGUCUGACGGGGAACAGAAAGCUAAAGAACAAGUAGUGGAUCAUAUAGAAGGCGAUGAGCUGCCAUUCUUCUACAAGUUCAUCAUUCACCAAAAAAAUAAGUGAGAAAAGUGUUGUUUUCUUCCCUGUAAAAACACAACACACUGGCACAAAAACACAUUUACAACCUUGGGCAGCCAAAAGGCCAUACUUACGAAGCGUUUUUGUGCUUUCUUUUAAUUAAAGGCCAUAGCUGCUGCUGCCUCUAACACAAGGCCUGCAGUAGCCAAGCGGUGUUACAGCCUUUGCCAGUCCUGUUCAGCAUCAUUGUAAGAAGUUAAGCAAUGCACUCAGUGCUUCGUUCCUUUUUUCUCUCUGUCUUUUAUUAAAUACUAUUUACUAUGCAGCUUUUCCUUCGAUCCGAGUACCUCUAAGAAACAAAACUAAAGCCGCGUUACUUUGCAGAUGGCAAAAACACUGUAAUGUUUUUGGAUUCUCCUUUCCUGGAGGAUUUUUUAUAGAGAAUCCAUAGAGACUGUAUGAGAGCAACUGGCCAUAUAGCCACCUUUUCUUGGUAUACAUUUCUUUGCCAGAUGGCAGCUGAGAAAUCCAAAACCUUUCUGGGACUUCUGGCAGAGGAGCAGCUCUGGCCACACUGCAGACAUUUAGGCAAUCUUCAGUGUUCCACAGAGGUGACCCUGCCAUUGCAGGAGCAGGUGAUGUAAUUUAGGUCAUGUUGUGUUUGCGCUGUGUGCAGUGAUGACACAUCUAUAAACAGCUGUGUGGGAAAUCCUGACUGUCAGAAUACAUCAACCCUAACCUGACACUGAGUUGUUGCUUUUUUUUAACUGAUGUAAAAGACACUCAAACUGUCAGGGAAACUCUAUUGUUUAAAUAGAACAGCUCACCCAGUUCAUGUAUCAGAUUUUCUUUGUUUUCCUUGUUCAUCUACAAGUAUUUGCUGCAGAGCAGCUAACGCCUCUCAUAAAACGCAUUCAACUCACUCUAUGACAAAACAGAUUGAAUAGCUUUGCUUUUGAGCCUUCACAAGCCCACAGUAAAUGGGAACAGAUCCACAAAGGAGUGCUCAGCAGGGCAUGCUGCAGCACUGAAGUAGGCUGGCAGGCAGUAGGACUCGAAGUAAGGGAGCAGGAGAGGGGAGCAAUGAGCAGGCAGGAGGACAUGACCCAGGAGCUUUCCAAACUGAGGAACUAUGGUGCUGUGUUUGGGCUUAUGCCAUCACAUCUACCAGGCCUGGGGCAAGGCCUUCAGCAGGGCCAAACCUCUCCUUCUCUCCUCACCCCUAUGGACGGGACUUUCAAUGAAACAAACCCGAGGCCAUCUACACCUGUCGGAAGCCAGUACCAACUCUACAUUGGCCUGGCUCUGGCGGUCAGUUCCAGCAUCUUCAUUGGAUCCAGCUUCAUCCUGAAGAAGAAGGGUCUCCUGAAGUUGGCUGCCAAAGGAGCAACCCGUGCUGGACAGGGUGGAUAUUCUUACUUGAAGGAAUGGCUUUGGUGGGCUGGACUACUUUCAAUGGGACUGGGAGAAGCUGCAAACUUUGCUGCCUAUGCCUUUGCACCAGCAACCUUAGUUACUCCUUUGGGUGCCCUGAGUGUUCUCAUAAGUGCUAUAUUGUCAUCCUACUUUCUGAAAGAGAAGCUGAAUAUUCAUGGCAAGUUGGGCUGUAUUCUGAGUGUUUUGGGUUCAACAGUCAUGGUUAUUCAUGCCCCAGAAGAGGAGGAGAUCACCUCGCUGGAUGAGAUGGAAAUAAAACUGCAAGAUCCAGCGUUUGUUGCAUUUGCUGUUCUCCUAAUGUCUGUCGCCCUCGUGCUGAUAUUCAUUGUGGCUCCACGGAGAGGUCAAACAAAUAUACUGAUCUACAUUUUAAUUUGCUCACUCAUUGGUGCUUUCUCCGUCUCAUCUGUCAAAGGCCUGGGCAUUGCCAUUAAAGAAAUGCUGGAGUGGAAGCCGGUUUAUCGACAUCCCCUGGUUUAUGUUUUGGUGGGAAUCCUAUUGCUUUCAGUCAGCACCCAGAUUAAUUAUCUCAACAAAGCACUGGACACAUUUAACACAUCUCUAGUGACACCUAUUUAUUACGUGUGUUUCACCAUGACAGUGGUGACAUGCUCCGUCAUCCUGUUCAAGGAAUGGAGUAGCAUGGAUCUGGAUGACAUUAUUGGGACUCUCAGUGGAUUCUGCUGUAUAAUAAUAGGAAUUUUUCUAUUACAUGCUUUCAAAAAUACUGAUAUCACCUGGAGUCAGCUGAUGUCCAGUGUUACAAAAGAAUCAUCAUUACCGCACUGCGAGUAUGAAACCUCUCACACUUUACUGGAGAGCAUGGAAGACCCAGCUGUGGUGUAUGGGGAGGACAAUGUUUUAUUCAGCCAAUGAAACUCUCAAGGGACAGUUCCUCAUCCCACUGUCGUGAAUUGCAGACUCACUUGUAUCUAUCUACUGGACCACUCUGACAGUGCUAUCCUCUGGAAUACUGCCUGUAAAGGCACACUCCUCUGUAUGCCAGCUGUUGGUAAUAAUGAAUUAAUAAUUAUUAUGUUCAAUAAUUGACAUGAGGGACAGAAACCUGAUGGUUAUAUGUCAAGCAGUGAACAAGUUUGUCUAAUUUUUAUGAAGCAUCUCCUAUUGGAGAAUUUUAGCAAGAAAGGAUUUUUUUCCAUAUCUUGGGUCGUUCCGGGUGAGCUCAGAACUCUUGCCAGAGCUUUAAGCAAGAGAGCUGGAUUAUUAAAAAUGACUUUUAAUCAGCUGAGAUUCAUAUGCCGAGCAGAACAUCUUCUUAAAACAGGCUGCAUAAUGUGCAAGCUCACAGUUUAUCUGUAGGAACAAAAUGGUUGCUACAACAUGCAGCAUGCUUGCGCCAAGUUAAACUCGAUGCCAAAGCCAUGUACUUCCUUUCUGAAAGGAAAGUUGUAAAUUACAACUUUCUUACUUGUAAAUUAUUUUUCAUUUAUUUUAGUGGGGAUUUAGAAGCUAUCAAAACCUGAGAAGUGUGUCUAGGGAUACUUGCUUGAAGUUAUUUCUAAACUGCAAGCAUCUUUCUUUUCAACUUGAACAGGUUUGUAAUUGACAUAUGUACAGGAGGAAGUAGUAAUUAUACCAAUCACCUAGAUGUUAUUUCUAAUCCUUGAUUAGAUGAAGCAGGAAUUCUGUAUUUCCUACCGUACCUCCUUGUCUACUUUUAUAUAAAAAUAACAUCUUCUAGGAAAAUGAUGUUAUUUUCUUGUAAUGUCAGAAAAUCCAAGUUAAUGCUUAUUUCUGUGGUGUACAAGAACUCUAAAAUGUUACAAAGUAAAUUACUAUCUUUUGUAUAGAAGCUUUUGCUAGAAGAGGUAUUAUUUUUGGAAGUGUUCAUAUUUAGCAAAUGAUUUGGAAGAAUUUUAAUUUUUACUGAAAUUUUGCUACUAUUUUUCUCGUAAUAAAUUAUACAUGGAUUACCUA